AUGAUACUUAGAAUUAUCCGCGAGCAUAGAAACCCUGUUAUAGGUGUAAGGUAUUUUUGUAACUCCAAGCAUCUUUUGAAUGAUCUUGACACAGUUCACAUUAAAAACACGAAUAGAUUCAGACAACUUUUGGUCGAUGAUGGCGACUUUACAUCUCAACAGGCGAACGCUCUCGUAAACAUAAUGUCUAGUGCUUUGAAAGGCGGCAUUACUCAUGUUUCUCAGGACUUGGCAUCCAGAGAAAAGCUUAUUCAAUUGGUAUAUCAACAGCGUGUCGAUUUUGCUAAAUUAAGGGAUCAACUGCUUUCAGCUGAUCGCAGUGAAUUUCACUCGAUUCAAAAUGAGUAUGAAGGGAUUCGCAACGAUCUAGAGAAAUUGAGAACAAAGCUCCGGGAAGAAAUCACAAAAGCAAACGCAGGCUUUAAAUUGGAUUUAUCACUCGAAAAAGGGAGAAUUAGAGAGGAAUCAAGUCAUCAUGACUUGCAGAUUAAGGAGAUUGAUACUAGAAUUGACCAAGAAGUAACCAACAUGAAAAUGCAAAUUGAUUCAGUCAAGACUCAGGUUAUGCAGUGGCUAAUUGGUGUUUGUACCGGUACAUUCGCCCUGGUUUUAGCCUAUGUGAGGUUGUUAUCAUGA